AUGGCUUCAUCAGGCUUCACACCAGCUACACCAUCAGUCUUCAAUAGAGAGAUCAGGCAGCAUGCUGAUGAAAGGACCAAGAGGCACAAGACCAUGUCCUGCAUUCAAAACUGUGUGUCAGAUGUGAUCUUUACAAGAAUCCUGGCCUAUGAGACACCAAAGCAAGCCUGGGACAAACUAAAAGAGGAGUUCCAAGGAAUUGACAGAAUAAAGCAGCAACAGCUUCUGAAUUUGAGAAGAUAUUUCGAGAACUUGAAGAUGAAUGAGGAGGAAACAGUCAAGCAAAAUAUCAUCCCUCGAAGACUCAAGGGACCUAACCAGCAUCUCAUUGACAGAGCUGAUCAAUGCUCUUUAUGCACAGGAGCAAAGAAAAGCCAGCAGGCUCGAGGAGCACCAAUAAGGUGUCUUCCAAGAAAAAAUCAAACUUUCCUUGAGCACCUCUGCCUACAAAGGAAAAAGGACUUGGAGAGACAAGCCAAAGUCAGAUGCUGCAAGAAGAAUGGAUCAACUCUGCAGGCAUUGCAAAAGACCUGGCUUGUUUCAAAUGUGUUGUUGGUGCCUGAGAUUGACAGAAAUCUGCUCAGCAUAGCUCAGCUACAGAGGAAAGUCUAUUAUGUUGUGUUCAAAGGCAAUGAGUGCCAAAUCAGUGAUCCAAGAAGAUCUAAGCUCAUGUCAGUCACCAUGGCUGAUAAAAGCUUUGUUGUUGACUGGACAAAUGGCCCAGACUCAACCUACAUAGCCUCAUUAGAUGAAUCCAAGCUUUGA